AUGUCUGUCGUGUCGCUCCUCGGCGUCAAGGUGCUCAAUAACCCCGCUGCUUUCUCGGAUUCGUAUGAAUUCGAGAUCACCUUUGAGUGCUUGGAGCAGUUGCAGAAAGAUCUGGAGUGGAAGCUUACAUAUGUCGGAUCCGCCACAUCAUCUGAACAUGACCAAGAACUCGAUUCGUUACUAGUUGGCCCCAUCCCCGUCGGUGUGAACAAAUUCAUUUUCGAGGCCGACCCACCAGACCUCAAGCGCAUUCCCCAGACUGAGAUCCUCGGUGUUACUGUCAUUUUGCUCACAUGCAGCUAUGAUGGUCGAGAAUUCGUGCGCGUCGGUUACUAUGUCAACAACGAGUAUGAUUCGGAGGAACUCAACGCAGAUCCACCAUCGAAGCCCAUCAUUGAGCGUGUGCGCCGUAAUGUUUUGGCUGAAAAGCCUCGUGUCACUCGAUUUGCCAUCAAGUGGGACUCCGAAGAGUCGGCACCCGCUGAAUACCCUCCUGAACAACCGGAGGCCGACCAAUUGGACGACGAUGGAGCGGCGUAUGGUGCCGAGGAGGUUGAGUUGGAAAACGCCUUGAUCAAGGAGUUAGAGGAGACUGAGCAACAAGACGGCGAGGACCACGAAAUGGAGGGUGCACCGGUUGCUGCUGCAGCUACUGCAGAGGACGACGACGCCUCUGAUGCAGGUAGUGAGGAUCUUGAGGCCGAGAGCAGUGAGAGUGAAGAAGAAGAUUUGGAGGAAGAGGACGCGGCCGAAGGUGACGACGAUGUCGAAAUGGCCGACGACGCCAAUCCCGGAUCUGCCCAGGCUCCUCAAGCCCAACCUGAAGUCAUGGUUCACUAA